AUGCUCUGGUCCAGCUUGUUAAUGCUGCUCGCCCAGAAUGCGGCUGCGUGGCACUCAAAUGAUGAUCUGAUGUCCUUCAAGACGCUGCCGGACGCCAGAGCCAUAAAGUUCGAUAUUCAAUAUGAAGAUCGUGAUCGCCUGACACCAGGAUACUGGUUUGUCUCGCCAUAUCUACACAUCUCUCCGGAUGACCCUACAAGUAUAUAUGAGCAAUACCAGACUGGUCCACACAUCUAUGACCAAGACGGGCGUCUCGUUUGGACCGGAGCCCCCAUGUUUGACAACCGCAACGUUUUCGACUUCAAAACUGUCACUCUCUUUAACGAAACAUACAUCUCUUUAAUCUUACAAUACAGCCAUGAUGGUAGCGAACAUGGAUGGGGCGUGAUUAUGGAUAAGAACUACGAAAUAUACCGAAAAAUUCCCGUGCGGGAGGAUCUUGGCUGGUUCGAUAUUCAUGAAUUUAACGUUCUCGACAAUAGCAACACUGCUCUGGUGACAAACUAUCUCUACGAGGAAAUCACUUUGGAAGCCUUUGGUCGGCCAGAGGAGAAGACCUUCCUGGAAUACGGAGGUUUCGCCGAAAUCGACAUCAACACCAAUGAAGUUCUCUAUCACUGGAACUCAUUCAAUGAGAUCCCCGUCACAGAGUCCGUUCACUACACCAAGUACUCUGCCGUCGAGGGUGCUCCUGGCUGGGAUUAUGUGCAUAUCAACUCUGCCGACAAAAACGAAAACGGCGACUAUUUGAUUUCAAUGCGUUUCACCAACACUCUUUAUCUGAUCUCUGGGCAGACCGGAACCAUAAUGUGGCGCCUCGGUGGACAUGGCCACAGUGACUUCGAACAGGACUUUGUCUUUUCUAAGCAGCAUGACGCCAAAUUCAUCGAAUCGCAUGGAACCCAUCAUAUCAUCUCCAUUUUGAACAACGCCUCCGACGAGGAGUUUGCCGAAGAAGAGAUUUCAUCAGCCUUGAUCAUUGAAUUGGAAACCGGUACCACGCCAAUGACCGCUCGCGUCCUCAAUCGUUACAACCGUCCCGGCGGUGACCUCACUCGUCUUCGUGGUAAUGCCCAACAAUUACCAAACGAGAACAUGUUCGUCUGUUGGAGUCAGGGUGGUUAUAUCUCGGAGCACGCACCCGACGGUCAAGUCUUGAUGACCGCUAGUUUCACAACACCCCGAUUCUCGAAUUAUCGUGCUUACAAGUACGAGUUCACUGGACGCCCGAGCACUCCUCCCGACCUGGUUGCUUCCGUCUACGGCAGUGACGAGACUAACCUUAUCACAAACAUCUACGUCAGUUGGAAUGGUGCUACAGAUGUGGCGAUGUGGAAAUUUUAUGCCCAGGCCUCCGAAUUCGACCGCCCAGUUUUCAUCGGUGAAAUCGCAAAGCACGAUUUCGAAACCAUGUUCAUUGCCCACGGCUUUAUGGAUUGGGUGUCUGUCGAGGCAGUGCAUGAGGAUGGCGAAGUCCUGGCGACCUCAAUAGUACACCGAACCGAGGCUCCCGAUUGGAAGAGCGUUGGAUAUCAUGGUUACGUUGGGCUUCCGAGACCACAGGACCCCUCAACCCUUAGCAGACCCCAAGCGGACGGCGAGUCAGCUGACGCCAUUGGCGAUUCUAGCAAGGUCUCAUCCGGUGCUGACACUGGCGAAGCUGAGAUCCGAAAAGCAACUGGCAUGCUUAACAAGUCAUAUGAGACCAUGCGUAGCAUCGGGGGUCUUUUUGGAAUGAUUCUACUUCUAGCGGCCAUGGCUGGUAUCAUGGCUAGCUACCUUCUCAUCCGAGGCUGGCGGGUCCAGCUUUAUCACCGUGUCCCAACGGGGGACGAUAUGCCAGAGGUCGAGUUCCACCCUAGGUCAGACUAA